AUGAUGUCUCAAAUGUUGAUGAGAAUUGUUGUUCCUAUAUCACUUGUUUUAUUGCUAGCAGAUGUAUCUGAAGCAAUAACCUGGCCCGGUGGAGUGAACGCAGUGGUCACCAAUGCUUUAUCUAAUAACAAAAUUUUAGGCCUUCAUUGCUAUGAAAGGUUAGGUCAAGAUUUAGGCGAGAAACAACUCCCACCUGGCGGGGAGUUCAAAACUUAUUUUAUCCCAAGACUUAUUUUUAAUUCGAGCAAGUAUUCUUGUAGUGUUAUUUGGGCUGGUUCCAACCUCCAAUGGUUUGAUCUGUGGUCUAAAGGAAGGGAUUGGGGGGAAGGCCCAAAUAUCAAAUGGAACGUAACAGAUAAAGAAGCUUGUAGGUUUGAAAAUCGUACAGGAAAGUAUUCUCUUUGUGUUCCCUACAAUCAAGGAAAUAAUGUACCUUAA